AUGAAACCACUUCGAUAUUGUGUUCUCGCUCUAUGGACCCUGGGCCUCAACUAUGGUCUCUGUUCCAGCCCUCAAGCGGUGACCUGGUCCGACAAGAAGUUUGGGCCGGAUGGUCCUUGGCAGGCUGUGAUUGUGGAUAUCGGAAGCAACAGCUCGGAUUUUGUGAUUCCUUCGGAGAACAAUAGUCGAAUCGCGCUAUAUCCCGGUGGGAGUUGGGAUAGUAAGAUUCUGUUGACCCAGAUCUGCGAUAACAAGACCUUAUCCUCUGUUUGCUACGCAGACAAAGCUGGGCGUUUUGAUGGCGACGCGUCUGUGUCCUUUGACAACAAAACCGUUUCGAUGCUUCCAUUUCCUGGAAACGGUCCAUGUGGAGACCUUUCAUGGGGAGCUGCCGAUGCCAUUCCCGUUCGUGCCAACGCCAAACGAGCCAGAGACUGGAUUACUAUUGGUGGUACUUCGAUUCCUGAUGUUGACUUGGUCUCCAUUUCCGCGGGCUGGCGGACCUAUCCGGGUGGACAAGCGUACCCUCUGGAGGUUGGAACGCUUUCGCUCGGGGCUCCUGAUAUCAACCAGACCUUUGGUGCCCAGAUUAAGAUCAACAUGACCUUUGUCACCAGCUAUCUCUACGAGCGUCAAGGUUCCAAGGGUAUACCAUCAUACUCCUACGGCAUGCACAUCGGAUCCGCCUCGUUGGGCAUUCCCGGGUCUUUACAUCUGGGAGGCUAUGAUCGAAAUCGAAUCAUUGGAGAUAUAUCCGCUCAGCCAUUUGAUGGAGGCAACGUCCCCAUUCAGAUGAAUGAUAUCGGCAUUGGCGUGGAAGAGGGCGGAUCACCUUGGAGCUUCGCCAGCAAAACAGAUCUUUUGGCACAGGGGAAUUCUUCCCUAGCUUGCAAAAUCACCGAAGACAACGAGCCCUUUCAUAAAAUCCAUGAAUAUUUUCAAUUUGAGUUAUCCAACAUGCAUUCAUCGUCUUCCGGUCUCAGGGUUGGAAAUGAGUCACUCAAAUGCCCCAGAGAGUCUCGACGCUCUGCCCUUAGAUGA